UUAAAGGCCCGCCGCUUUACAGUCAUAUUUCUUCAGACGACAAAAAACCCUGACUGCUUUUGGAUAAGUCGAAAAAGUGGAGUUUCAAGGUCUGUAGAACACUACUAAGAUGGCCUCUGCAAAAGUCAACUCUCCACUCCAGCUGAUGAGGAGCGUCAAAGAAGUGACGGAGGAGUUAGCUGAUUCUCCAGAACAACUGAACAUAAAAGAAGAGCGAGAAGAGUUCCCUGGUUCUCCAGAACAGCUGAAUGUAAAAGAAGAAACAGAGCAGUUCCCUGGUUCUCCACCUCAGCUGAGGAGCGUAAAAGAGGACAACGAGGAGACCCUGCGUUCUCUGUACAGUCUGAGGAGCGUAUCUGUAGUGCUGGUGGACUGCUGUAGACCACAAGGACGGCAGGAGAACAAUGAAGAGAACCACAGAGAUGCCGAGCCAAGGAAGAGAUCUGGUUUAGAGGAGACCUCAAAUAUGGCCUCUGCAGAAGUCAAUUCUCCACUCCAGCUGAUGAGGAGCGUCAUAGAAGAAACAGAGGAGCUCAGCUUAGCUGAUUCUCCAGAACAGCUGAACAUAGAAGGAGAAGAGACCGAACAGUUCCCCGGUUCUCCACUUCAGCUGAGGAGCGUAAAAGAGGACAACGAGGAGACCCUGCGUUCUCUGUACAGUCUGAGGAGCGUAUCUGUAGUGCUGGUGGACUGCUGUAGACCACAAGGACGGCAGGAGAACAAUGAGGAGAAUCACAGAGAUGCCGAGCCAAGGAAGAGAUCUGGGCACCUGCUACUCUGCAGUUCCAGCGGAGCGGAGUUUAGUGGAAAAACACAUUCUGCUGCCUUCACUACAGAGAGGCCGUACCCUUGCAGCCAGUGUGACAAGAGCUUUAGGACAAAAAAAAAUCUCCGAAACCACCACCGUGUUCACACAGGGGAGAAACCAUUUUCAUGCUUAUACUGUGAAAAGACUUUCUCAAUGGCUACUACCCUCCAGCUGCAUCGCCGCAGUCACACAGGAGAGAAGCCGUACGCUUGCAGUCAGUGUGACAAGAGCUUUAAGAGAAAAGAUGGACUCCAAAUCCACCAGCGUGUUGUUCACACAGGGGAGAAACCAUUUUCAUGCAAAGACUGUGGAAAGAGUUUGUCACAGUCCUCUCGCCUCCACACACAUCGUCGCAUUCACACUGGAGAGAGACCGUACGCUUGCAGUCAGUGUGACAAGAGCUUUAAGUCAAAACAACAGCUCCAAAUGCACCAGCGUGUUCACACAGGGGAGAAACCAUUUUCAUGCAAAGACUGUGGGAAGAGUUUCUCAGAUUCCUCUGCCCUCCGCACACAUAAUCGUAUUCACACAGGGGAGAAACCAUUUUCAUGCACUGACUGUGGAAAGAGUUUCUUGCAGUCUUUUCACCUCAACAUACAUCGCCUUAUUCACACUGGAGAGAGGCCGUACUCUUGCAGUCAGUGUGACAAGAGCUUUAAGUCAAAAGCAGAGCUCCAAAUGCACCACCGUGUUCACACAGGGGAGAAACCAUUUUCAUGCACUGACUGUGGAAAAACUUUCUCACAUUCUUCUAACCUCCACACACAUCGUCGCAUUCACACUGGAGAGAGACCGUACGCUUGCAGUCAGUGUGACAAGAGCUUUAAGUCAAAACAACAGCUCCAAAUGCACCAGCGUGUUCACACAGGGGAGAAACCAUUUUCAUGCAAAGACUGUGGGAAGAGUUUCUCAGAUUCCUCUGCCCUCCACACACAUAAUCGUAUUCAUACUGGAGAGAGGCCGCAUUCUUGCAAUCAGUGUGAAAAGAGCUUUAGGACAAAACAAAAUCUCCAAAACCACCACCGUGUUCACACAGGGGAGAAACCAUUUUCAUGCUUAGACUGUGAAAAGACUUUCUCAACGGCUACUACCCUCCAGCUGCAUCGCCGCAGUCACACAGGAGAGAAGCCGUACGCUUGCAGUCAGUGUGCCAAGAGCUUUAAGAGAAAAGAUGGACUCCAAAUCCACCAGCGUGUUCACACAGGGGAGAAACCAUUUUCAUGCAUUGACUGUGGAAAAACUUUCUCACAUUCUUCUAACCUCCACACACAUCGUCGCAUUCACACUGGAGAAAAGCCUUAUGUUUGCAGCCAGUGUGACAAGAGCUUUAAGACAAAAAGGGAACUCCAAAUCCACCAGCUCGUUCACACAGGGGAGAAACCAUUUUCAUGCAAAGACUGUGGAAAGAGUUUCACACAUUCUUCUAACCUCCACAGACAUCGGCGCAUUCACACCGGAGAGAAGCCGUACGCUUGCAGUCAGUGUGACAAGAGCUUUAAGUCCAAACAGGAGCUCCAAUCCCACCAGAUUGUUCACACAGGGGAGAAACCAUUUUCAUGCACAACCUGUGGAAAGAGUUUCGCACAUCAUCAUAGCCUCACUGUACACCAUCGCAUUCACACUGGAGAGAGGCCGUACGCUUGUAGUCAGUGUGGAAAGAGUUUCUCACAGUCUUCUAGCCUCCUCACACAUCGCCUCAUUCACACUGCAGAGAGGCCGUACACUUGCAGCCAGUGUAGCAAGAGCUUUAAGAGAAAGCAGGAGCUCCAAAUCCACCAGCGCUUUCACUCAGGGGAGAAACCAUUUUCAUGCACUGACUGUGGAAAGAGUUUCUCACAUUCUUCUAACCUCCACAGACAUCGGCGCUUUCACACAGGAGAGAAGCCGUAUGCUUGCAGCCAGUGUGACAAGAGCUUUAAGAGUAAAGAACAUCUCCAGAAUCACCAGCGCUUUCACUCAGGGGAGAAACCAUUUUCAUGCACUGACUGUGGAAAGAGUUUCUCACAUUCUUCUACCCUCCACACACAUCGUCGCAUUCACACUGGAGAAAAGCCAUAUGUUUGCAGCCAGUGUGACAAGAGCUUUAAGACUAAUGCAGUGCUCCAAGUCCACCAGCGUGUUCACACAGGGGAGAAACCAUUUUCAUGCACUGACUGUGGAAAAACUUUCUCACGUUCUUCUAACCUCCACAGACAUCGGCGCUUUCACACAGGAGAGAAGCCGUACGCUUGCAGUCAGUGUGACAAGAGCUUUAAGUCAAAACAACAGCUCCAAAUGCACCAGCAUGUUCACACAGGGGAGAAACCAUUUUCAUGCAAAGACUGUGGGAAGAGUUUCUCAGAUUCCUCUGCCCUCCACACACAUAAUCGUAUUCAUACUGGAGAGAGGCCGCAUUCUUGCAAUCAGUGUGAAAAGAGCUUUAGGACAAAACAAAAUCUCCGAAACCACCACCGUGUUCACACAGGGGAGAAAACAUUUUCAUGCUUAGACUGUGAAAAGACUUUCUCAACGGCUACUACACUCCAGCUGCAUCGCCGCAUUCACACAGGAGAGAAGCCGUACGCUUGCAGUCAGUGUGACAAGAGCUUUAAGAGAAAAGAUGAGCUCCAAAUCCACCAGCAUGUUCACACAGGGGAGAAACCAUUUUCAUGCACUGACUGUGGAAAGAGUUUCUCACAGUCUUCUACUCUCCUUGCACAUCGUCGCAUUCACACUGGAGAAAGGCCGUACGCUUGCAGUCAGUGUGACAAGAGCUUCUCUCAGUCUGGUAACCUUCAUGCACAUCGCCGCAUUCACACUGGAGAGAGGCCGUAUGCUUGCAGUCAGUGUGACAAGAGCUUCUCUCAGUCUGCUCACCUUAAGACACACUUGUUGUCACACUUGAGAGAGUAAAUCAGUUGCUGUUGCACUUCAGAGAGGCUGUACGCUUGCAGCCAAUGUGACAAGAGCUUUAAGACUAAGAAUCUCCUCAUAUGUCACCAGCACAUUGACACAGUAGAGAAACCCUUCUCAUGUGCUGACUGUGGAGAAAGCUUUAGGAGGAAAGCAGACCUUAAUAUCCACCAGAGGCUUCACACAGGAGACACACACGUGGGGGGAAACUCUACUUAUACAAAGACAGCAGGAAAUGUUUUAGGAGUGUACAUGAUCACUUUCCACCACUAACUGUAUUUCUCAAACCAAUGAGGGAAUGAGAUGGGUAAUUCUGAUCAGUAUUAACCCAUUGGCGCCUAAGCCAGUUCUUAGAAAAGGUCCCCAAUGCCUGAGGGUUUUCUGAGAUUAGAACAAUUGGUUGAAAACUCCUAUGAAAAAUUCAAUAUCUCAGCCUCUGGAACACAUAGGGACAUGGGAUGAAUUGCAUUUAAAAGGUAAAAUCCUCUGCUUU